UUAACCAGGUUCUUAAUCCGCCAGAUAUCCCAAGGAAUCGCCGUUUGACGAGGUCCUGAAAGAGUUUAGUUUAAUGCGGCUUUGAAUUUCAAUUAUAUCAAAGGGUGUCAGCUUUAUUUUUGGGGAAAGCCCAACGCGAAGGAUGCAGUAAACAAUUUGGUGAAAAUUAGUGUUUGACAAACCAAGGAUCACAAUCGGGACGAAUAAGAGAUUUGAACCUACGAUCAGUGUAUCGUCGUAAGGCUAAGGGACACAACUCUGAGUAGCGAAGGCACACAGAACUACUAGAUCACCCGAACACCGUUGCCAAAAUCUGCAAGUAAAAUCUUCUAUGACAUUGCCUACAUCUGCGUAAAACAACAUUCACUCAUCACAUGAUCCCUAUCAAAAUGAGAGUAAUAGUAUAAUCUGCUUCCUGUUUGAGGGUGAGGGUGCAUGUGCAAGUGAACUUCCUUGUCUCUUCAUCCCCAUCUCCAUCCUCACUGAAAUCAAAUCAGGCCUAAAUGUUUUCUACUUGGUCGACGAUCCCUCUGGAAUAAUAUAAUCAGCAUUACAAGUGCCGCCCAUAAUUGUAAUCUCAAAGUGUUUGACAUAGACUGAAUUUGCUGAUAUGAAACUCUGUAUUGAGUUCAUCGUUUAAUACAUAGAAUCAGAAACACUACAUAGAUGUUAUUUAUAGGACCAGAACCAGUGAAACCACACCCCUUUUAAAUCUCAAAGCCCCCACAAAAUAACCCUGUUGAAAGCAUUUUAUUUAAUUUGUUUUAUCGACUUACUGAUCAAAAUUGUCAAUGAACCCCGUAAACAUACAUUUGGAGAACAGUAUGUAUAUGUUCAUGCAAUCCGAAAUACGUAUUCCCAUUUCCUUGUGUCGGAGUCUUGUUUCCCACCACAUACUUCCGGUAGAGUUCACUUUGAUGUGAUAUACAGUGUACUAUCUCCCACUAGCCACCAGAACACACCAUAUGUACAGUGACCCACGACGCCAACUUCAUCACAACUCACCAUGAGUUCAAACAUCUCAAAUCUGAUCAGCGAUGGCAUCGACGAUUAUCUACGCCGUCAUGACGACCUCUACGCCAUGAAAUAUCUCCCCGUCAUCCUCUUCCUCGUCAUUCUGAUGCUGCUUGGCGUCCUAGGAAACUCUUUGGUUUGUUACGUCUACAUCGCCAAGUUCAAGCCAAGCACAACACGAUGUUUCAUAAUCUCUCUGGCAGUGCUGGAUCUCAUCAACUGUCUCACCAGCAUCCCGUUUGAGAUCAUUGAUAUGAGACACACCUACACCUUCGGAGAAUACAAAAUAUGUCGUCUAAUGAAGCUGUUCGAAACCAUUAACUCCAUUGCCUCAGGAAGCGUCCUUGUCGCUGUAGCUGUGGACAGAUUCAAGAAAAUAUGUCGUCCACUCCAUGUCCAGAUGACCACAAAGGUUGCCAACAUCUCAAUAAGCAUCUGUUGUUCUCUGGCACUAAUUCUUGCCCUUCCUGCUGGAUUCAUCUAUGGCGGUAGAACGGUGCCUACUGACAACAUCAACAUCACGGGAGUGGAUUGUUCCUUGUCUGAUCAGUUCAUCGGUUCAACACUGCAUAUUGCGUACCUUGGUGUUCAGUUUCUGGUGUUCCUUGGAGCAACGUUGACCCUGGCAGUUGUGUACAGCUUGAUCUGGAGGCAGAUCAUACGCCAGAAAAGGUUUAAGGAAACCGUGUCUGUACGGAGAAGGGUCGAUGAACGGAUCGUGGUUCUUGAUACACCAACAGAGAUUUCUAUCAAUGCCCGGAACACUUCAGCUGAUAUUGUAAGUUCUUCUAAGUCGGAACAAGACGGAUUCAGAAUUCCUAUGACUGAACUGGCACCUAUAAACCAUGAUGGCACAGGCGACAUCCGGGAUAGAAUAUUAGAUGUCGGAUCAGGCCACGGUGUUCCUAAGAACGACAACAGCAUAUCCCAUGAAAGUGACGUCACAGAUCACAGCAUCAAACCUUUUGGUGUAGCUGGAAACUCUGAAAAUUAUCCUGACAUGGCAUCUACUGGCGAGCCGAACGCUGCUUUAUUUGAACAUGGAAACGGAUCAAAUUCCACACGUGCAAGACGUGUAACACGGUGCUCACAGCGAGACAAAGGAACUCGAAGGACAACGUUUAUGAUGUUUCUGAUAACGAUGGUGUUUGUGCUGUCGUUUCUUCCCCACCUUUCCCUGACAAUCGCGGCUUCGGUCAUGAAAACCCUUCUGAACGAUCUCCAUGGAGUCGGUUUCGUCGUCUUUCACGUCUUUCAAAGGUCCUACUUUCUUCAGAGUGCAUCGAAUCCUAUAAUCUACAGCUUCUGGAACGCCAACUUUCGCCGUGAGAUUAACCGUCUGACAAUGAAGAUUACCAACAAAGCCUGAGCAUGACAAUUGUUCAUGAUACUAUUUGUUUUCUUCAUAUGGAUGUAACACAUGUUUCAUGGAUUAAUCUGUGCCUUCUCCCGUGGAUAUCCUGGUGAACGUGCUGCUGACAUAAAACACCUAACUUUUGUGAAAAAAGAUGACGAAACGUUUAUGUAUUUUGAAGACAUUGUCUAUAUUCACCGGAUCACAAGAACACAUGCCAACUUAUAUUUCACUAAACACUUUGUUUUAUUUUUUAGUUCAUCCUUUAAAUUCCGACGUUGAACUGCUACUGUACUGAACAACAAAUGUUUGGGAUCGUGAAUAUUUGGGCAUAUUUCUUUGUGAAAUUGUGUCUUCACUACAAAAAUAAUAUUACCAAAUUAUUAACAAAACUUAUUUGUUCGGUAUAAAUCAUCUUCCCGAGGCAAGAGCGUCCACUAGCCUAUUUAUCAAAGUUUAUUUUCCUCGUACAAACUAGGCUUUGAUAUAGGCUAGUGGACACACUUGCCUCGGGAACAUGGGUAUAGAUUUACGCUACAAUAAGUUAUUUUGUCGCAUGUUUAAAAACACAAUACAAUUGUUUCCAGAGAAACUAUCAGUGGCAAUAUUCAUAGCGUCAUUUUACAUUUGACUGCCGCACAUGGAUCCAACUAUUGACGCUGCUUCUAGCAAUAUUUGACCUUUAACAUGGCUGGGAGCACCACAGAAUAGGAUUCAUACAAUGUAUACCCAUGUGGGUUUGUUGGUUAUUUUGAAGUAUGCAAUAUUGAAGCUGUGUCACGUCGGCUUGUAACUACUGGAAUAUUACCAGGCCGUCCGGGUACGAUGACACACACACUCAGCCAGGUCACCGAGUCUGACACGACAGGCAAGAAAGUCCUGGGGACCCAUGGUGACACCGAGUUCGUAUUAUAUUGGAUAAACGUGUAGGCAAAUAGUAUCAAAUAUUUAUAUACAAAUGACAAGCUAUGAGAUAAGUUUUGUUUUAAGAUCUGGGUCAUACAUUAUCUACUUAAAUAUAUUCAUUUGUGUAUAUCUUAUAUGCAUAUGUGUAGUAACGUGAUGCUGGAUGUUUUAAAGCAGUAGAACUGCAAUCGGAAACAGAACACUGUCGACAUACAUACAUGCAGACAGACAAAAGGCAUGAGGAUAAACACGCAUUGCAAGUUUUUCAUCGGAUUAGUAUUUGCCUAUCUUGGUCGGACGUCGAGUGUUAUCAAAUGGUCGGUCCCUGAGAUCCUGGCAACUGAUGUCGUGAUUUCCGCAUUAGCCCUCUCAGUUGAUAAAGCAUAGUUAACGUUUUUUUGUUUUUUUUGUUAUUUAACGCCGCACUCAGCAAUAUUCCAGCUAUAUGACGGCGUCUGUAAAUACUCGAGUCUGGAUCAGACAACACAGUGAUUGACAUCAUGAGCAUCGAGCU